AAAUUGAUAAACCAUUUUUACCAUUUUCUCUCUUUUUAAUCUUCCGAAACCUCACUCCACAAUCCACAUCCAACAGCAUUCAUGAAAUCUGCUGUGAUGGGUUUGUUGGGUUGUAUGAAAUUCCACCUUCCUCAACAGGGUUUGAAACAAGAUCACCCAGAACUCAACCACCUGCGCUAUUUAUCCGCAACACCUUCUUCUUCUUCCCCAAAAUUCACCACCGUCUGUGGCGGCCUGAGAGGGGGACCGAGAAAGCCUCUAUGGAAGUCAAGGGUGCUCUCCACAGAAGCCAUUCAGGCAGUUCAGUCUCUGAAGCUUGCCAAAUCAACCCCAUCGAAACUCGAGGAGGUUUUUGAUGCAAGACUCUCCAGGCUCUUGAAAGCUGACUUGUUGGACGCUUUGGCUGAGUUGCACAGACAAAAUGAAGUCCAAUUAGCACUCAAGGUCUUCAAAUUUGUGCGGGAGGAAGUAUGGUAUAAGCCAGAUCUCUCCUUGUACUGUAGCAUGAUCCUACUGCUGGGGAAGAACAAACUGAUUGAAAUGGCGGAAGAGCUUUUUUCUGGAUUGAAGGAAGAAGGCUUAGAACCUGACACAAGGGCAUUCACUGAGAUGAUUGGAGCUUAUAUACAAGUGGGCAUGACGGAAAAGGCAAUGAAGACCUAUGAAUUGAUGAAGGCAUCAGGCUGUGCCCCAGAUAAAUUAACGUUUACAAUAUUGAUUAGAAACCUUGAGAAGGCUGGAGAGGAAGAUUGGGCGGCUUCUGUCAGGCAAGAUUGUGCUGAAUAUGUAGAUUCUCCUGAGAAAUUUUUUGAAGAAGUUGAACGCAAACAUGGGAGGAGAUCACUCAAUCUUGUUUAACAUUUUUCACUCAGGGGACUGCAAAUGUAGGGUUGGUUAACAGCGGUAUAACCAGUUACCGAAAGCUGCCGGAUACAUCUGAGGAACAAAAGCAAAUGGCUCAACAUCGCUGUUUCUGUCUCUGUUCUACAUGCGGGUGUUCAGUAAUCCUCUUCUGGGACCUUGUUUUAAAAAAAGUGGAACUAGUACGGCUUGUGGCAAAUAUCCUAGUAGUAAAGUUUGUGUUUACAUAUCUUGUUCACCGUAUAUGGUUCUACAGCAAUGUCAGAUUUCCGACCCUUCCCUUC